AUGUACCAUAACCCUCAUGCCCAAGAUGAUGGGCAGUAUGAAUAUGGAAGCCAAACAAUGAAAAAUGGACCCUCGGCCAGUGCACCCGCUUACGAACCAUGGGACACGGACGGAACAGACCGAUACUCUAAAUGGGACCCGCGGGGGUGGUCCUUGAAGAAGAAGAUCUUUCUAGCAGCCGGCAUCGUCGCCGUGAUCUUGGCGGUGAUUCUAGGCGCCGUACUAGGAGUCCGAGCCAAUCGAUAUCCCGACUACACGAGACUGGAAUACAGCCUGAAAGAUAGCUACUCCGGAUCUUCCUUUUUCGAUAAUUUUGAAUACUUCACUGCCCCAGAUCCGACCCAUGGAUUCGUUCAAUACAUCGAUCGCCCGGCAUCCGAAUGGAUGAAUCUAACGCAUGCCACCGAUACAUCUGCCGUGCUGAAGGUAGACACGAAAUACAGUGGAGCAGAAGCUGCGAACGGGCGCCAAUCCGUGCGGAUCACGUCCACGAAAACCUACGCCAAUGGACUUUUCAUUUUUGAUAUUAUCCAUACCCCGUAUGGAUGCGGCACAUGGCCAGCCUUGUGGCUAACAGACCCGGAUAACUGGCCCGAGCACGGAGAAAUCGAUAUCAUCGAAGCAACCAACGCCGGCACCUUCGGAACGCAAUCAACACUCCACACAUCCAAGGGAUGCUCGAUGGACGUGAAACGGAAAGAGACUGGUUCUGUGAAGAACAAGAAUUGUUACUAUGAGGCGAAUGGAUAUACCGGCUGUGGCGUGAAGGGAGAUGAGAGUUCCUACGGCCCUGAAUUCAACAGCAAGGGCGGCGGUGUUUUUGCCAUGGAACUUCGCGAUGCUGGCAUCCGCGUAUGGCAAUGGGUUCGUUCGGAGAUCCCAUCCGAUGUCACAUCGGGGAACCCCGAUCCAUCAACCUGGGGCAAGGCCUUUGCGGAUUUCCCAAGUACGAAGUGUGAUAUUGGCUCCCAUUUCAAGAAUCAGAGUAUUGUUGCGAAUAUUGCGUUGUGCGGUGACUGGGCGGGCGCGGAUAAGUACUACACGAAGCAGAGUAGCUGUCCCGGCGACUGUAAAGCAUUUGUUCGGGAUAAUGCGUCUGCCUUUGAUACGGCGUACUGGGAGUUCGGCAGCUUCAAGGUCUAUCAGGCUUCUUGA